AAGGCUGAGCGGUCGCGGCCGCGACGUCGCCCUCGAGCAGCACUUGGCUUCUCCACGUGGAACCCGGGAGUGGGAGAUUCAGAAUCGAAUCCCUUCUCCCUCCCCCCUCCUGUUUUCGGCUUUGAGAGGAACCUUACCAUCAAAGACAAUGGCCAGCGAUGUUACCAACAAGACAGAUCCUCGCUCCAUGAACUCCCGUGUAUUCAUUGGGAAUCUCAAUACUCUUGUGGUCAAGAAAUCUGAUGUGGAGGCAAUCUUCUCAAAAUACGGCAAAAUCGUGGGUUGCUCUGUUCAUAAAGGCUUUGCCUUCGUUCAGUAUGUUAAUGAGAGAAAUGCCCGGGCUGCUGUGGCAGGAGAGGAUGGCAGAAUGAUUGCCGGCCAGGUUUUAGAUAUUAAUCUGGCUGCAGAGCCAAAAGUGAACCGAGGAAAAGCAGGUGUGAAACGUUCUGCAGCGGAGAUGUACGGCUCCUCUUUUGAUCUGGACUAUGACUUUCAACGAGAUUAUUAUGACAGGAUGUACAGUUACCCAGCACGUGGACCCCCUCCUCCUCCAAUUGCUCGCGCUGUGGUUCCCUCGAAACGUCAGCGUGUAUCAGGAAACACCUCACGAAGGGGCAAAAGUGGCUUCAAUUCUAAGAGUGGACAGCGAGGAUCUUCUUCCAAGUCUGGAAAGUUGAAAGGAGAUGACCUUCAAACCAUUAAGAAGGAGUUGACCCAGAUAAAACAAAAAGUGGAUUCUCUACUGGAAAGCCUGGAAAAAAUUGAGAAAGAACAGAGCAAACAAGGAGUAGAGAUGAAGAAUGAUAAGUCAGAAGAGGAGCAGAGCAGCAGCUCCCUGAAGAAAGAUGAGACUAAUGUGAAGAUGGAGUCUGAGGGGGGUGCAGAUGACUCUGCUGAGGAGGGGGACCUACUGGAUGAUGAUGAUAAUGAAGAUCGGGGGGAUGACCAGCUGGAGUUGAUCAAGGAUGAUGAAAAAGAGGCUGAGGAAGGAGAGGAUGACAGAGACAGCGCCAAUGGCGAGGAUGACUCUUAAGCACAUAGUGGGGUUUAGAAAUCUUGUCCCAUUAUUUCUUUACCUAGGCGCUUGUCUAAGAUCAAAAUUUUCACCAGAUCCUCUCCCCUAGUAUCUUCUUCAGCACAUGCUCACUGUUCUCCCCAUCCUUAUCCUUCCCAUGUUCAUUAAUUCAUAUUGCCCUGCGCCUAGUCCCAUUUUCACUUCCUUUGACGCUCCUAGUAGUUAUGUUGUCUUACCCUGUAAUUUUUGCUUUUAAUUUUGAUACCUCUUUAUGACUUAACAAUAAAAAGGAUGUGUGGUUUUUACCAACUGUCUCCAAAAUAAUCUCUUGUUAUGCAGGGAGUACAGUUUUUUCCAUUCAUACAUGAGCUCAGUAGUUGCUUCCCUAACUGCAAAGGCAAUCGCAUUAGUUGAGUAGCACCUGAGAGCAGCUUUGAGUUAGAGGUAUGUGUGUUAUACCCCACAUAAGAAUGCUAUAUGGGGCUGUUCAACACAAAUGUAACAAUGUAUUUUUGUGAAUGAGAGUUGGCAUGUCAAAUGCAUCCUCUAGAAAAAUAAUUAGUGUAAUAGUCUUAAGAUUUGUUUUCUAAAGUUGAUACUGUGGGUUAUUUUUGUGAACAGCCUGAUGUUUGGGACCCUUUUUUCUCAAAUAAACAAGUCCUUAUUAAACCAGGAAUUUGGAGAAAAAAAAAAAAAA